CAGGCUAUUUUGGCUACUUCAUUUUCCUGAGGAGACUUUUUUUGGUUCCAUAAAUAUUCAUGUGGUGACUCCCAGACAGAACUCCGAUAUGACAAAACUGUUGGCUACAGCCUUAAUGCAGUGGAAUUGAAGGGACUGAAAGGAGCGUAUCUGAUUCGUUGCAAUGACUUCAAACCUCCACCACAUCCACGGUAAGUGGAUGCAAGCGAGCAUUCGUGUCCCCCAACCAGAGCUGGUGGCAGUGUGUAGCAGCGAGGACUGGGAAAGUGACCUCUCCCAAUUCACAGAGACCCAUGAGCACCAGAGCAGUCGGGCAACAUUGAUCCAGCUACCCUCGCGUCAAAGCCAUUUUUCUAUGCCUUACGCAGAACAUCUUCUAAAAUGAGAAAAUAAAGUAAUAGGAUGCAGAAUAUGUCUGUGUGAGGACUUUGAGACACCUUUCGUCAGAGACUCUGAUUCGAUUGGAAAAAGAAGCCAGGGUGAUCAGCGGCCAGCAGAGUGACUUUUCUCAGACCAUGGACAACAGGUCCUGUCUGGCCCCACAGGACAUGGUGGCCACCGUGCUGCCUCCUGUCAUGAUAGUGGAGUUCCUGCUGGGGCUGCCGGGGAACGUCAUGGCACUGUGGAUCUUCUGCUGCCACCUGCAGGCCUGGAGGUCCAACACCGUCUACUUGGUGAACCUGAUGAUGGCCGAUUUCCUGCUGCUAGCCGGGCUGCCCCUUCGCAUCGACACUCUGCUGCGUGGGGAGAACUGGGUCUUCGGUGACUCCCUGUGCCGCAUCAACCUCUUCAUUCUGACAGUCAACCGCUCGGCAAGUAUCAGCUUCAUGACCAUCGUGGCAGUCGACCGUUACUUCAAGGUGGUCCACCCGCACCACCCAGCCAAUCGGAUGACGGCCCGGCAGGCAGGCCUGGUGGCUGGGGCGGUGUGGGCGGCUGUGGUUCUGGUGCGCGUCCCGCUCCUGUCGAACCGCCUCCUGUGGAACCAUGGCAACCAGACCCUGUGCCGCAGCUUCAGCUCCGGCUGGGCGCUGUCGGCGGGGAUGUGGCUGCACUACGUCAUGUACUUGGUCGAGUUCUUCCUGCCUUUCCUCCUGCUGGUCUUCUGUGCCACACGCAUCGUCUGCACCCUGCGGCUGCGUGGGCUGGACCGGGGGCUGCAGGGGCGGCAGGUGCAGCGGGCGGUGCGGGUGCUGCUGCUCAUCGUGGCCGUGUUCACCCUCUGCUUCCUCCCAGGCGUGGCCAUUUACCUCACCGGCCUCAUCGUCAGCUGGCUCUGGCCCCAGGACUGCGAGGCCUACCUGCUGCUCGCCCAGCUCUUCAGCUUGUCCCUCGGGUUCACCUACCUGAACAGCGCCCUAGACCCACUUAUCUACUGCUUCUCCAGCUCCACCUACCGCGAUGGCCUGAGGACCUCCAUAAAUGCAGUGGGCUUCUUCAGGUUGAACCUGGGACAUAGGGGCAGUGCAGCCAGUGUCAGGCGAGAGAAUCAACCACCUUCAUGAAAAUCUCCCCACCUUCCAACAGCUUAGAGGUAUGUUCCAUCUGGACAACCACAGACUUGGGUGUGUUCCAAUACUCAAAUAAUGUAUCCUGCAUUCCUCCACUACCACCUCCUCUCCUCCAUGUCCCACAAACCAAUCUUUGUCCUCUCUCUCCAGUAUCUCGAUAUUGGAGGAGAUGAGUGACGCAGCUUCAAACUCAACUCUACGCCUCCUCCAGCGAAGGAUACAUCGAUGUAUGCUGCCGAAGAAGUCUCUUUAUAUUUUUAGGUGACAUCAUCAUGCUCAUGCCCACUGGGAUAGAAAGACCAUCCCACAGAAUCUGACACAAUCCAAACCCUUGAAAGCGGAGAUGGCAGAGAAAUUGCAUUUUCCCCAAUUACGCAAUAUAUGUAUUAUUUGUUUGUGGUUCAGUAGGUUAUCACACAUAGUGUCCUACCAAAAAGGAUUGGCAACUAUGGAUAAUAAAAUGUUAGUUUCUGUGGCUCAUAUCCUACAGACAAAUUCAGUAAUUUAAGACAGGCAAGAAGGUUUAUUUAUUUGCUUAUACGUAAAUGUUAGAUAAGCAAGCAUAAUUUUGAACAUGAAUACGCAUGUCAAUGUAAGACAGGCAAGCAGGUUUAUUAAUCUGCUUGUACAUGAAAUGUUAGAUAAACAAGCAUGACUCUAAACAUAAAUAAGCAUGGCAGCUCCCAUUAAUUCAGUGUGUGAAUACGCAUGAAUUAAUUUAUUCAACCAACCAUCUCCAAAGGUCGUAUUUAUUACCGACAAAUUUGAUUUCAGAUGUUACAGUGGAAAAUAAUUGUUUUUCAGUGUGAAGACUGAAUAUUGGGAAACAAUAACACAUAAUAUGAAGUGACAUCUGUUUCACUAGUACACAAAUGUUUCUGAAUUAGUCUAUGUGAGAUGGAAUGUGCCGGCAAUGUAGGCUGUCACACUAUAGCUAGGUGAAUUAGCCCUGUGUAUGUUCAGAUAUCGGGCACAUUGGGAUUCUGGAAUUACAGUCAAUUGUUUUUAUACUAUGAGAUGUUUACUCUUAUCUAAUGUUUCCAAUUACAUAUUAGUGUCUUGGUGCAAACAGCAAUAUCAAAUUCAAUUUUGUAGGCUACUGGAGCAAUUACUUGUACUUCCAGAUUUAGAAGGGCUGCCCACGUGUAAGAUUGGUGAUUGG